CCUGUCGCAAUAGAUGCGGAUGUGCCAAUGUGCCCCCGUCAUGUGAUGGUAAAGGCUACUCCUCUGAGUCUGGCGGAGGGUGAGGAUCUCUUGGCCAAGUUAGUGCCCGUAGCUAUUCGCAACGCACACGCACGAUAUGUUGAUGAUGUGCAGAAACUCAUCCGGGACGAAACCGAGAAG